GUAAGCGAGCUGGACACCUGUUCCCCAUGUAUAGUAUUUAAAUGCAAUUAUUUCAACCAAAACGCCAUUAAAUUAAAAAAAACGACCUAAUUAGGUCUAUCUGGACAUGUCUCUCUUCUAUGUCCUGGGGUCCUGCAUAUUCCACAUCCCUGUGGAGGCCGCGUACGUGGCUGUGCUGGAGUUAUUGGGCCCUCAAUUGAGGCCUCAAUUAGCUCAACAGCCUCCUGAACUGAAAGGCCACCUUCAUGGGGUAUCUGCCUUUUAGACUGUGUAUGCUUCUGCUUCUGCUUUACAUUCAAAGCACGUAAUUCACUUACUUCUUUCUCAAGAAUAGCAGCUGAUUGCAUGCCAAUUUGGCGAUGCUUUAAGAAUCUGAUUUAUUGCAUUCUUAAGCGGACUUGGUGGGCUUCUUGAUCUCAUACAUCCUUUAAUUGAUGAGUAUUGGCUAUUGCUUUUGUAAUUGCAUGUUGUUCAAAGGUGUUUUUG